CAAGAUAUCCGCGCCUCACGAACGCGAACGCUGCGGCUUUAAGGAGGCGGUCGGGGCGUGUGCCCGGCCCGUCAUGCCGCUCGGGGGGCCGGGCCGCUGCCGUGUGCCGGCGGUGCCGCCAUGUACCGCCUGUGCCGGCUGUCCCCGCGGCUGUCGCCGCUCCGCCUGCCCCGCUGCCCCUGCCCCGCCUGGGCCGCGCUCCCGCCGGGGCCGGGCCCGCGCCGCGCCAGCGCCAAGGAUGCAGCUGAACCCCUCAAAAACACAGCCACUGGUCCCAGUGCUGAAAACAAGAAACUCAACAAAUCCCAGCAGCUGAAACAAGUUUUUAAAGAAUAUGGUGCUGUAGGGGUUUCCUUCCAUGUUGGAAUUUCCUUAGUAUCUCUGGGAAUCUUCUACCUGGCUGUGUCAAGCGGCGUGGACAUGAGCGCGGUGCUGCUCAAGCUGGGUUUCAGCGAGGCCUCUCUGCAGUCCCGGAUGGCAGCAGGCACCGGCACCUUCGUGCUGGCCUACGCCGUGCACAAGCUCUUCGCCCCCGUGCGCAUCAGCAUCACCGUGGUGUCCGUGCCCUUCCUGGUGCGCUACUGCCGCAAGGCCGGCUUCUUCAAACCGCCUGCCUCCAGCGCCUGAGCCUGCCUGCCUCUGCUCUCCAGUGCAGCUCUUCAGGUGAAAGGUUUCUUUCAAAGACUUGUCUGGGUUCAGGUCCAUCUCAUCUUGUGUUUCUUAAUUGUUCUUUCAGGUGAAUGUCACUGUGAAAAGUGCUGUCCUUGUCUCCUUUCACUUUUGCCGCUUAUUCUUAGGACAAACCUGUUCAAAUGGGAUCUGGUUUGCGUUUCAAUUGGGAAUAUAAAUGCUUGACAAUGACCACAGUUCUGGGUCUUUAUAAGCCAGCUUUUGAGCCUUUUUUUUCUUCUUUUCAAAACAGAGUCAUAGCUUUCAUUUAUUGCUGCAUAGCUGAGAAACUGUGAGAUUCUCCUUCCAGCAGAAUAAACAUCUCACUACAUGGGUAGUUCUCUUGACAAGGGUAUGUAUUGGAAUCUAAAGUGGCAGGUGGGUGUUUCUUUUGUUAGAAGAGGCUUUUAUUAUAGCCCUUCUUGCAGCACAACACAGGCAUUGAACUCACUUCAGUAGGAGUACCCAUAUGAUUAAUUAUUGCAGUCAUAAUUGGUUUAGUCACAAUAGGUGAAGCACUGUUCUGAAACUAUGUGUAUUGCUUCCAUAGUCCAAGAUUGCAUUGUUUGAACAUGUACUGGCUAGGAGCCAGCCUUACUAAAGUCCCUUUGUUUUUAAAUGUUUGUAGACUCAGAAAAAACCCUGAGCCUACUGAAAUCAGUGUAACCACAAUUACCUGUGUGAACAUACUCCAAACAGCAUCAAGGCAGAGAGGAGCUGGGGGGUUUUCAAUAGUUUGAGAUCUGGCUUUGUACUGGAAACACUUCUUUUAAAAUCUUAAAAGUAACCCCAGCUGCUUUCUGCUCCUGUGUGUGAAACUCAAAUCAUCUGCACCAGAAGUGCAAACAUUCCAAUUCCCAGCUUCCCAGGAAGAAUUCCUGUGCUUUGGGCUGAGACUGGUGAAUGUAGCAAUGAAGGAGCUUUGCCUUCCUUAUGGGGACACUGGUGUUAGAAUGCAGUUACAGGUGUGGAUAUCCACAUUCCACUCAACCUGCAGACUGAUCCUAAAAUAGAUAAAUUACUGUCACACUGGGGUAAGCCUGGCUUUUGGGCUCAGCCUGUGCUGCUGUGAGAGCCUGAGCAAGAGCUGGGGCUGUUUGGGACCUGCUGCCCGCUCUUUUUUCUUUGUGCUUGCACUUACCCCAGGGUGGCUCUGACAGAUCUGUUCAGACAGAGCUCUCAUUUGAGUAAAAUAGCAGGAAGAUACCCUAGAAUAGCUUUCUAGUUUUGCUAAAAUUUAGUGAAUAGAGAGGAAGAAAGGGUGGAGUUAUGAGAAGAGCUGGCUGAGGGAAGAAAGGAGGAGCAAAUAACUUCUUGUUAUGAGCAGCCUCUUGCCUCCCCCUCAGCCAGAACAUUAAAUUGCACCUUAACUCCUUCCCCCCCAACAGAAAGGCCCAGGUUUCAUGUGGACCAAGGAUAAGACUUCAAAAUAACUUUGAGGCAGCUUUGUUUACUUAAGUUAGAAUAAUUUCUGAGGAGGAGGUUUUGUCUUAACUGUAAUAAAGAAGGAAUAUUCAAAAUUUUUUUUCAAAAUCAUAUGAAACCAUUUAAAAUCAUUUAGAAGUCAGUAGGAGGCACCAGCACUAAACUAGAGUUUUCUUGCUGUAAAGAAACAGCUUCAUAUAAAUUGUGGCCAGAAUUCUAAUUACUUAUGUGGUUGUAUAAACUACUGGCAGUUUGUUUAGAUGAAGAUUUUUGCAAAGUAUAUUUUAAAUUAAUUUGAGAAUAUAUUUUGAAUUCUGGAGUCCUUGCUUGUAGAAGGAUCAUUUUUUAAAACUGUUUGUAAAAUAGCAAAAGGUCUUAUUCUGAAAAGACAAUAAAAUUGCUUUCUCUUA